AUGGGGGCAUUCAUUUCGAAGUUUUGGUUCAUGUUGUUCCCUGCAAAAGAGUAUAAGAUAGUGGUAGUUGGGUUGGAUAAUGCUGGGAAGACCACUACCCUUUACAAAUUACACUUGGGAGAGGUUGUCACAACGAACCCAACUGUAGGCAGCAACGUCGAAGAGCUUGUAUACAAGAACAUUCGCUUUGAGGUAUGGGAUCUUGGCGGACAAGAUAGACUAAGGACUUCAUGGGCAACAUAUUACCGUGGAACUCAUGCUAUCAUUGCAGUAAUAGACAGUACGGAUAGGGCCAGGAUUUCUAUUAUGAAAGAUGAACUCUUCAGGUUGCUGGCACAUGAGGAUCUUCAAAAUUCCGUUGUACUGGUUUUUGCAAAUAAACAAGACCUCAAGGAUGCCAUGACCCCAGCCGAGAUCACUGACACCCUUUCUCUUCACAGCAUUAAGAAUCAUGACUGGCACAUCCAAGCCUGUUGUGCCCUCACAGGAGAUGGCCUGUAUGAUGGUCUAGGUUGGAUUGCCCAGCGGGUUACAGGAAAAGCACCCAGUUGA